AAUACGUAAUGCAUCCUCGGUGCCUACAGUAAGGCUAUUAGGAAAAAUCCAAGUGUGGCUGCUUACUUCACAAAUCGAGCACUGUGUUAUUUGAAGCUGAGACAAUGGGAUCAAGUUUGCCAAGACUGCCGUCAUGCACUGGACCUAGAUUGUUCCAGUGUCAAGGGGCAUUUCUUCUUGGGACAAGCUCUCAUUGAGCUGGAAGCUUUUGAUGAUGCUAUCCAGCACUUACAUCGAGCUCAUGAUUUAGCACGUGAGCAAAAACUGAAUUAUGGAGAUGACAUAGCAUCUCAGUUGCGAGUGGCCAGGCGACGACGAUGGGCCAUUCAGGAAGAGAAACGCAUAGCCUGUGAAAUAGAGUUGCAAGCACAUCUCAACCGCCUUCUCUUGGAUGAAAAGGACCGUCAGGUUGAGGAGCUGACAAAAACAAGAAAUUAUGAUGAUGUUCAGGAUGAAAUGGCUGAGAUUGAACAGCAGUGUGAUAAGCAUAUUGCAGAGCUGAAUUCCAUGUUCAACAAAUUAGAUGAACGACGACGGAAGAGGGAAGUCCCUGAUUAUCUCUGUGGGAAGAUCAGUUUUGAACUGCUCCGAGAUCCAGUAGUCACACCUAGUGGCGUUACUUACGAUCGUAAGGACAUCGAAGAGCAUUUACUGCGAGUUGGGCAUUUCGAUCCUGUUACCCGUGCUCCUCUCACCCAGGAUCAGCUGAUACCCAAUCUUUCCAUGAAGGAAGUGAUUCUCAACAUGCCUCUGGAAAUCCUGGGAGAGGAAUCACUGGAGAAGAAUCCCAACUUAGAUCUGGCACAAUGGAAGUUUCUCCUUUCCAUGCCAGAGCACAAGUUGGAUGAAAGUGUCAAGACAAAGCUCAUGGAUGCCAUUAAGAAAGAUGAAAUGGCACCUUUCUAUGAAGAGGUGUGCCGUGACCUAGGCUGGGAAGUGGAAGAGGAACUUCUGGCUAAGAUGAAACAGGCCAAUAAGGAUAAGCUGAAGCAGCUGGAUGAAGCAAUUGAAGAUGCAGAAAAGAACCUUGGGGAAAUGGAAGUUAGAGAGGCCAAUCUCAAGAAAGCAGAGCAUCUCUCCCGGAUUGGAGAUAAGGAAGCAGCCCUGACUGCAUUCCGGAAGACAUAUGAAAAGACUGUGAGCUUGGGGCACAGGCUGGACCUGACAUUCCACCAAAUUCGGAUUGGACUCUUCUAUCUGGAUCAUGACCUGGUGACAAGAAACAUUGAGAAAGCCAAAAGUUUGAUCGAGGAGGGAGGGGAUUGGGACCGCAGGAAUCGCCUCAAGGUCUACGAGGGUCUGUACAGCCUGGCGGUCCGAGACUUCCCACUGGCAGCCUCUCUCUUCCUUGAUACCAUAUCCACAUUUACAUCUUAUGAACUCAUGGAUUACCCCUCAUUUGUCACCUACACUGUUGUAAAAGGAGCCGAGAUCCUAGAGGUCCUUCACAGUCAUGAACCAGUGAAGAAAUACCUCUUCUCUCUCUAUAACUGUCAAUAUGCAGACUUCUUCAAACAGCUUGCCCACACAGAGCAGAUGAUGAAGAGGGACCGAUACUGGACGUCACACUAUCGUUACUAUGUCCGAGAGAUGCGAAUCUUGGCCUACACCCAGCUCUUGGAGUCUUAUCGCAGCCUCACACUUCAGUACAUGGCUGAUUCCUUUGGUGUCACUGAGGACUUCAUUGACAGGGAGCUAUCUCGGUUCAUUGCAGCAGGCAGACUUCACUGCAAGAUAGACCGAGUGAAUGGUAUCGUCGAGACGAAUAGACCCGAUUCCAAGAACUGGCAAUACCAAGCGACCAUCAAGCAAGGUGACAUCCUCCUCAACCGCGUCCAGAAACUCUCUCGUGUUAUCAAUAUUUGAACAUAGGACUGUUGAAUAAAUAUAAUAAAAAUUCUCAGCAUGGC